AUGCGUUUAGAUAUACAAUGUUUGCGUGGUAUUGCUAUAACACUGGUAUCUGUAUUCCAUUUGUUUCCAAAGACUUUUGUAAAUGGGUUUCUAGGAGUUGAUAUCUUCUUCGUGAUAUCCGGAUACCUAAUGGCUAAAAACUUAACAAGAACGGGAUUGCACAGUUUAAAUGAUUUUGUGAUCCACCUGUUCCCAACUUUGUUUGUCAAUGGAUUCCUAGGAGUUGAUAUAUUUUUUGUGAUUUCUGGAUAUCUGAUGGCUAAAAACCUAACCAAAAACGAAUUGAAAACUUUGAAUGACUUCGCACAGUUUUAUUACCGAAGAUUCCGAAGAAUUCUUCCCUUGUAUUACUUUGUUGUGUUCAUUAUUGUAGUAAUGGUUCAUUUAUACCUAGGAGACUAUUUAUGGGAUAACAAUAAUAGAUACUCAUUGGCUUCAUUGUUUCUGGUAACCAAUCAACUCGUGAUUCAUGAUCUGGAGGAUUACUUUAAUGAGGUCCAAGCUACUGCUACAUCCGUCCACGCGUUUCUCCAUCUCUGGUCCUUAUCCGUUGAGAUGCAAUUCUACCUUCUCGUACCAUUCAUUUUCUUUGGUCUCCAACUUCUGAAGCAAGACUAUCUGAAACUCAUAGCCUCCUGCCUCAUAACAAUAUUCGGCUUCAUCGCGUUUGCUAUGAUUCUCCCAAAAUUCGCCUUCAACUUCAUGUUCCUCCGACUCUGGCAGUUUUCAGCAGGAUUCGUUGCGUUGUUUUGGUCUAGAAUUGAAAAAAGUAUACGUGAUAAUCCGGAAAACAAAAAAGAAGCAACAGAGUCAAUUUACAAAUUACCAUUCAUCAAAGAUGACUUACUGACUGUAUCUCUAACAAUCUUGGCCAUCUGCUUCUUGCCAAGUGAGCUCAAUGUACUGUAUCUCCGUCCUAUCGUUACCAUGGCGACUGCGGCUGUAAUUAUUUGUGAAUCUCAGAAUAAUACGAUGUUGUCUUCUAAUACACUGGGAUACAUCGGGGAUAUCUCUUAUGUACUAUACCUUGUACACUGGCCCAUGAUUGUAAUAUUUGCACCAUACUCACCACAAACUUAUAUAUUCCUUACUGUGACCACCUUCCUCUCCUCCAUCAUUCUCCACCACAUAUUUGAACAGAAAUACUUGAAAAUGGACUGGAAGACUCUAGUACCUUUCCUGUUUGUCCUGAUAAUGGGAAACGUAGUUUUGCAAUCGAGUGUAAGGAGGGAUAGCACUUUCUGGAACAUGACAUACACUGAAGAUGUCCAGAAUAUAAUGAUUUCUAACAAAGCACAGAUUCCAGCGUCAUGGCUGACAGAGGAGAAACGAGAUGAAUGUGUUGAGGAGCCUAUUGGAGAGAAUAUAGAAAAAUACAAGCAUCGGCCGGAUGAUAUAGAAUCGUUGCAUAUGAAUCGAAGAGAAGCGGAUAAGAUGAUGAUAAAUGUAAAGAAAAGAUUCAAAAUGAUUAAAUGCUCCAAAUGUCAGUUCUUUGACGUGACCCAUUUGUUCGUGGAAGACAACAAAUACCUCAUGUUCGAUAGAGAUCAAAUGCUUUCUUAUGUAGACAACACGCUUCAUCUCACUCACUCAGGUCUGAAAGUCACUGAGCCGGAGUUGAAGAGAGUUGCCAAGGAAGUUAUGGAUACUGUAUAA